CGCGUUUUGGUUUUUUCAAAAUCAUGGAUUGGACUGUUACUGUUAGGUUAGAACUUUUGAGAACUUUUUGUUUAUAUUCAAAUUUAUAGCCACUCAAUGUUCACCCACAUUAAGCCACGCUUUAGCUCAAGAACCCAUUUCACAGCACCUUGCUUUAUUUUAUUUGUGGUUAUUGAUUAAUAUCCUGAUUUUUGAAAAAUGGGUGAAACUAUCGAAGACAUCGAAUCACGUCUCCUAGAUCUUGCCAGACUUCAACCAGAAGGAAUAUCAAAUAAAGACCUUAAGCAACAGCUGCCAGAUGUACCUCUGACCGACUUGACUGGAGUUAUAAACAAAUUUCUUAAAAAUGGUACAUUGGAGCUAUUCAGAACUAAGGAGGACCUAUUUUAUAAAUUUAAAGAUCCAUCUAAGAAGACUGCUGCAAAAGGAUCGGAUAAUGAAGAGAAAGUUGUUUAUAAAAUUAUUGAAGAAGCUGGAAACAAGGGGAUAUGGAUAAGGGAUAUUCGAUUCAAAUCAAACCUAAACAUGACCCAAUUGAACAAAGUACUAAAAAGUCUUGAAACUAAAAAAAUCAUAAAAGCAGUAAAAUCCGUAUCAGCUAGUAAAAAGAAAGUGUAUAUGCUCUAUGACUUGGAACCUGAUAGUACAGUAACUGGAGGUGCUUGGUACCAAGAUCAAGAUUUUGAAAGUGAAUUUGUUGACGUAUUGUGCCAGCAAUCCCAUAGAUUUUUAGUGCAGCGACUAGAAGAUGCCACCAAGCAAGGGGGAGGGCCAUUAAUCAUCCAGAAAAGAUCUUAUGCUACAGCCACAGAAGUUCAAAAGUACAUCUCAGACCUAGGAAUAAGUAAAGUUGCACUGAGCAUUACAGAUAUUGAGAGCAUCCUCUAUACAGUAGUUCUAGACAAUAAUGCUGAAAGAACAGUGGCUUCAAAUGGUAAAUUUAUGUAUAAGGCAAUCAGUAGAUUUUUACCUCCUCCUGGAUUAGUUAAGACUUCUUGCGGAAUAUGUGUGAUUGAAGAUAAAUGUGCAAGCACUGGAUCUGUCAAUCCUAAUAUUUGCCCUUAUAUUACAGAUUGGUUGAAUGACAGUUGAGAAUAUUUUUGUUGUGAUUUGUUCAUUAUUCAACUAGCAUGCCAAUGUAAGCUAAUAUUGAUGGGGAUUAAGUUCAAAUAUGUAUGACUCUUGAAAUAAUAUAUUACCUAAUAAUGUUUAAUAGUUUAUCAAUUACAAGUUUUCAUUAUAUAAAGACAAGUACAAAGAUAUGCUAAGGCUAGUAUUUAGAGCGGAAAAUAAAUGUGCGAGUCGAACAUUUUUUCUCAUGAUUUUUGCAUUACAAAAAUUUACUCACUUGGAUGAAAUUGCUGUUGUAGUAUUCAGCAAAAUCUGGACAGAGAUUAAGAGUUUCACUUAAAGUUGACUGAAUAGUUUCAAUAUAAUUAGUUUAUGCUUACUUCAAAUGCUUGUAAAAUAAUUAUAUUGCUUUUUGGCUCCACAAUUGCCUUGAGCGAGAAACAAAAAAAUGAACCCACUCUGAGACUCAAAUUUCAUGAAAUCUUGAUUAGUGCAAACCGUAUUUUCAUUAUAUUCAACCAUUUAGCUGCUAGAGGGUUCUCGAUUUUGAACAAUACUGUGAAACCUUUAUAACUUUUUUGUUUUGAUUUCCGUAAAAACUUUCUAGAAGCACUUUUUCCAGCAGAAUUCAGUGACAUCAGUUUUUUUUUCUGUUUGGC